AUGGCGGACGUCGCCACGUGUGCAGCUCCGCCGAUAGACCACACGCAUUUGCACCAGCACGCGCAGCUCUCGCAGCACCAUUCCCCCCAGCAGCAGGGAGCAGUCGCGGAAUCGCGCGGAGGCCACUUGACCCGCCGACUGCUAAGCCUCGCUUUGCCGCUCCGCGCGGCUACUAAGCGCACCAUGCCGCCCGGCGAUUCGCCCAGGCGUCGCUGGGUGGUGGAAGUGCCUCUGUCCACCGCUCUCAACGCCACCGACCGCGAGUCGACGGCGGCACUGGGUCGAUGCGUGGAGGACGCGUGGACUGUGGUGCAGCGCGCCGUUGCUGACGUGGCUCGGCAACAAGCCACGUCGCAGGUGGUGCUGGUGCUGGUGGUGGUGGUGCCAUCGUCGGCCGCGGGAAUUCCCGGCGAGGGGGAUAGAGGGGAGGAGGGGAGGCAAGGCGGCGAGCGCGAGGGGGAGGAAGGCUUUGAGGCGUGGGUGGUGCAGCGCGUGCUCCGACCGCUGGUGCAGCGAGCGACGCGAGCCAAGGUGCUGGCCGCCUUCCACGUGGAAAGGUCAGCGUCGCAGGGCGGAGCUGACAGUUCGCGUUUGCCACAUCAGCAGCAGCGUGUGCACGGCGUGUGUGCCGCUGCGCGCCACUUCGACGCGGCGCGCGUGUACCUGCCAUCCAACCUCUUCACCGCAUCCAACGCCGUGGACUCCGCCGCUGAAUCUUUCGCCGAAUCCGCCGGUUGCCAAGCUUCACAGGUAGCAGAAUCGCCCCGCGCAGCCCUCGCGCCUCCCCCGUCGCCUGCGCUGAUCCGCGCGCUGCUGCCCCCCCAGUGCGCGCUCAUCAUGACCGCCUCCGCGCGCCAUCAGCCCGACGGGGCGAGAAUAAGCGGGGGGGCGGUCGGUGAGGUGGGGCGGGGGGAAGCAGGCCUCCGCGACGGCAGUGGCGGGCGCGAAGGGUUAACGGCGGUGGCAGGCGCCAGUGACUUCCACGGCGACCUGUUCCCGUCGCCCUCUCACACCACGGCAGAUGGUGACGGCGGUGCUGCUGGUAGUGUUGCUGUUGGUUUUGGUGGUGUUGCUAGUAGUGACGGUAGUGGUGGUGGUGGUGGCGCUGCUGCUGCUGGCUCUGCACGUGCCGCGUUGGGCGAGCAGGUAGGACGGCGGGGGGGGGCUCGCGGGGGUAGUGUUCCGCCCGCCGCCAUCGCACGGGCGCGCCUACAGCAGCCAACCGCACAGGCGGAGAUGAUGCGGCAAGGCCAGGGGCAGGCGCAAGGAGUGGGGAGGGAAGCAGGCGGAAGCGGCGCAGGAUCAGCGGGGGAGAUUGCUUCCUCCGAGCGGAUGCGGAGGGCGCAGGAGGAGCGCGGUGCGGUAAUGAGACGCGAGGGCGGUGACAGGGUGGGGCCGGGGGAAGGCGAUGGAAGGGUGGCGGGGGGGAACGGCGGAAGUGCGCAGUGGCGCUUACAGAACUCCGCCAUGCCGCUGCAGCGCCGUGGAGGGGGAGGGGCGCACGACGGCGGCGGCGCGGCUCGUAGUGCCGGGCGGGAACAGCCUGUGCAAGGGCGCGCGUUAGCGGACAGGCUGUCGGGCGCGGGGAACUCGAGGAGUGGGCCACUGCCGUCUGUGCCCACAGCAGAGCGCGGUGACGGUGCGGUGCAGGCGCGGAGAGAAGGGGAGGGCGCGGGAUGGAUUCGCGGGGUCGCGGGUGGGGAGCAGGAUAGAGAGGGCGGAGUAGUGAGACAGGCAGGCGGCGCUGGGCAGUCGGCAGUGGGGGCGCGGUCGGGGCCAAUGCAGCUGCUGGGUGCCGCCACGCAAGGGUGGUCGCAACCUGGGAAGCAGCAGCUUCAGCCGCAGCAGGGGGGGCAGCAGCGGCAGGGUAAGGGGGAGCGUGAGCGGUGGCAGGAUGUGUUAGCGGGGGUGGGCGGCGGAGAGGCAUGGAUGGAGGCGGCGGAGGUGGAUUCGCAGCUGACGCAGUGGCUGCUGGGGAAGGCGGCGCCCGCGCCCCUGUCCCCGUCCCCGUCCGUUCCCCCGCGCUCACUUUACUCUCUCAGCGCAGGCCACGGCAUGCCGUCGCCCCUCUCCUCCCCGCCCCCCCUCUAUCCCAGCUUCGUACCCGCCAGCCACAACAUGCCCGUAGGGCCGUCCGCGGCCCCGGGCCACGCCAUUCCCCCCUCCGUCUCCGCUCCCCCGGGUGCGCCCAUGCCUGCUCCAUGCGGGGCCACCUCGCCCGCCACCCCUCCGCGUGCCGCACAGUGCGUAACAGGUUCAGGCAGUGGCAGCAGCAGCAGCAGGUACGGUGAAGAGAAUAUGCUUGUUAAUUCCGCAGCAGCCGCAGCAGGUGCUAGUGCAGGCGUGACAACAUACCCCUCCCUCGCCACCACUCCCCCCUCUCUUUCCCCUUCCCCGUCGACCAUCACGCCCCCCCGAUCCCCCUGGUCUCUCCCGCGCGCUCCCCGCCUCCCCGCCGCCACGCCGCUCCCCGCUGCGCCUCCGCCGGUGGUGAAGGAGCGCCCUAAGGGCGGGCUGUUUCAGCGCCGCCAGCUCAAGCGCGGCGGCAGCGAGGGCUGCCGCAGCGUUCUCGACGCCGUCGCUGUAGCCUCCUCCGCCCGCUCCCCCGCCGUUCCCCCUUCCGCGCAUUCCUCCUCCGUGCUCCCCAUCUCCCCCAUUUCGCCUCACACCUUCUCCGUCUCACUCUCCGCCGCCGUCUCCCCCAUCCGCGCGUCGCUCUCUCCGGAUCCCUCCGCCGCCGCGGGCGCGGCACCUGGCGCGCUCAUAUGGGGCGGGGAAGUGUUUCCGCAUGGUGCGUGGAACGGAGCGGGCGCGGCGGGAGUGACUGGGGAAGCGGUGAGCGAGGAGCGCGAGAAGGGGGAGCGGGAGAUGGCGGGGCGGCAGCUGGUAGUGCAGGUGCGGGAGGUGGAAAAGGGGGAGGGUGCGCGCAAAGGGCCAGUGGGGGGCGGGAAGGCGGAGGUCGGGGAGGAGGGCAAGGGGAGGAAAGAGGCGCCUUGCCCGAGCGAGGGGGAGAGCGAGAGGGCACGAGAGGUGGUGGCGGCGGCGGCGGCGCGGCGGUGGCUGAUGAACGAAUUGGCGGCGCUGGGCGUGAACAGCGGGGAGGAGAGCGGGGCGGGGGAGGGGGAGGAGGAGGGGGAAGGGGAGGGCGUGAGGGAGAAGGGCGCGCGGGAGCGGGGCGUGCGAGUGAGCGGGCUGGAGAGACGCGUGGUGAGCCGGCGGUCGCCCACCAGAGAGCAGUGGGCGGACGAGUCUCGGCCCCACGCGCGCGCCCUCGCUCCUCAGCCAUGUCUGCACCUCCAGUCCCCUUCACCCGCCCCCACGGCCCUCAUCUCACAUUCCUUCUCCUUCCCCUCUCUCCCUCCUUGUCUUUCCCCCCGCUUCCUUCUCCACUUGAUUCCCCCCGUUCCCUCCUCCCCCGCAUCCCUGUCGUUACAGCGUAAUCCCAGCCGUCUAUCGCGCUCCUCGCUCUCCCUGCCGCGCCACUCCGUGCCGCUGCCCGCCCAAGUGACCCCCCCAGCACCCGCGCCCGCCGUCGGCUCCUUCUCGGGCCCGCUUCACCUGGGCGCCGCCAAUACCGCGGGUAGCGCGGGCGCCGCCAGCAGCGCGGGCAGACGGGCGGCGGGCGCAGGGGAGCGACAGGGCGAAGGGGGAGCGGGAAGGGAAGGGAGUGAGAGGCAGCGAGCGUGGGAGGGGGCAGCAGGGGGGCCGGGCGAGGAGAGCGGGGAGGGAGGGGGGAUUCGAGAGCAGCAGGUGAACACACAUACUGGCGGCAGUGGUGGCGGGGAUGGUGGCAUUCAUGGUGGUAGCGCGGAUGGUGGCGGGGGUGCCUCCAGCACGUUGCUUGAGCGCCCGCCCUCCCCCGCUCCCUGGGUAUGUUUCGCUCAUGCGCGCCCGCUGCGACUGCCCCGCACGCCAUGCCAUCCCGCAGGCCAUUAUGCCAUCCCGCACUCUAUGCCCCGCCAUGUGUUCUGCAAUCCCCUCAGAAUCACUUUCUCCUCUGCAUCUCACAUUUGUCUCACCCUCUCCUCCCCAUUCUUCUUCCCCCGCUGCCCAUGCCAGGUCCCUCGCCCCGGCCAGUCGUCCGCGCGCCUCGCGCGCACCAGCAGCUCCAUCUCCUCUGCUGCGCGCCCGCCCUGCGCUGCUGCCCCGGGGGGGCGACCUGGGGGGAGCAUUGGCGGGAGCACAGGCGGAAGCGCAGGCGGAAACACAGGCGGGAGCAUGGGGGGCAUGGGGACAAACAUGGGGGGGAGCAUGAGCGGCAGUUGGAUCAAUCCGAACAUGCGCGCCGGCACAGCGGCGGCGGGGGGAAGGGGGGUAGCAGGGGCGGGGAGACAGGGACAACCGGGCAUGGGUGGAGUGCGGCGACCAGCAACAGGAGCAGGCAGCGUAGGCAGCGUGGGCAGCACAGGCAGCACGGGCAUGAGGGGCAGCAUAGGCGGGAGGAGCGCGAGCAUGGAGGUGGCGCGCGCGCGGCUGCUGGCAGAGGACGCGGCGCUCACAGACGCCAUCCUCACUGGCGCCCUCAUGCCGCCCCCCGCCUCCUCCUCGGCCUCCGCCUCCCUGCGCUUCCCCCAGCGCUCGCAGCAAGGCAGUACGGCCAGUGCUAGCAGCAACGGCGGUGGUAUGGUUGGCAGCAGCAUGUGUGGCAGUCACAGCAUCAGCGUGGUGAUUGGGCGGCGCAGCCUGGACAGCAGCAGCAGCAGCAGCGGCGUGGUGCUGCAGAGACAGGCCAGUGCGGCGCUCAAACGACAGGGCAGCAUGCGGCAGGGCGGCGGGCAGGGCGGUGGGCAGGGCGGCAUGGGGCAGGGCGGCAUGGGGCAGGGCGGCAUGGGGCAGGGCGGCAUGGGGCAGGGCGGCACGGGGCAGGGCGGCAAAGCCUUGAGCAGGCAGAGCAGCAAUGCUUCCCACAGGCUCAGCAGCAGCAGCAGCAGCAGCACGGGCAUGAGAGCCGCAAGCAGCACACGCAACACCACCCCAACCACUCCAACCACUCCCACCACCCCCACCCGUGCCACUGCACCCACCACCCCCACCACCCCCCCAACCCCCACGGCUACCAGCAUUGCAUCAGCAGCAGGCAGCCCCCUCCACAGCACCGCCACCACUCCCACGGGCGGCAGCGGCAGAAGCAGCGGCAGCGGCAGCGGCAGGAGCCCAGCGAGGCUGCCAGCAGGGCAGCGGUCGCGCGUGUUCACCCCCGCAGACCUCGCCCGUGCCACCGACAACUUCCACUCGUCCCGCCUGGUGGGGUCGGGUGCGUACGGCCCCGUGUUCCGCGGCGCCAUCCACGGCUGUGACGUGGCCGUCAAGCGCCUAAGGGCGCGAGAGGGGCGCGCGCGCAGCGAGGGGCGAGAGGCGUUCAAGCGCGAGGUGCAGGUGCUGAGCCGCGUGCGGCACCCCAACGUGGUGCUGCUCAUGGGGUGCUGCCCGCAGGACCUGUCGCUUGUCUAUGAGUUCAUGGCGGGGGGGAGUUUGCAGCACCGGCUGGCAGCGCAGCACAAGCGGGGCGCGCAGGAGCAGGAGAAGGCAGCGAGCAGCAGUGGCAAGUCCCCGUCCUUCUCCUCUUCCUCCUCCGGCCAGCUCUCCUCCCUUUCCCCCGUGUCCCCUUCCCCCCCCGCCUCCCCCAUCGCGUCGUCGCCCCCGCCCCUGCCGUGGCACGACCGGCUGCGCAUUCUCUCCGAGGUGGCCUCGGCGCUGCUGUACCUGCACCGCUGCUCACCGCCCAUCGUGCACCGCGACUUAAAGCCUGACAACAUCCUGCUGGACGCGCACGGCACCAGCAAGAUCGCGGACGUGGGGCUCGCAUGCCUGCUGCGAGACGGGAGCACGGUGGUAACCACCCACCGCAUGCGCGGCACCGUGGGAUUCAUCGACCCGGAGGCCAUUGCAUGCGGCGAGCUCUCCCCCGCCUCCGAUGUGUAUGCGCUGGGGGUCGUGGCGCUCAUGCUACUCACCGGUGCUGAUUCCCCCAAGCACGUGCACCGCCUGCUCGCCCUCUGCCCCACCACCAUCUCCUCCCCGCCUCCCCCCUCCCCCACCACCCCGCACGCCACCGCUGGCACCGACAGUGACAGCGACCCGCCUCUGACGCCCAGGAGCGCCCUGCCGGCAGUGCCCACACGUGACCUGCCGCAGUCAGUGGCCAUCCUGCAGCCGCACCUGGACACGCUGGCGGGCGCGUGGCCUGCUGACGUGGCGCAGCGUGUGCUGCGGGUGGCGGUGCGGUGUGUGGAGCGGGAUGCGCGCAUGCGAGCGGACCUGGCGGGGGAGGUGGUGCCGGCGUUCAGUGAGGCGGCUGCUGCUGGCCGGGCCCAUGUGACUCGGCGCAGUGAUGCCCUUGAGAGCACUCUCGUGUGCCCGCUCUCCAAGGUGCCGCCAGCUCGUUUCCUUCCACUCUCCAAUGUUCCGUUCCUCACUAAACCCCUCCCUUCCCAAGUACCAGUUCACUCACUCGCUUCCCCUGUCUUCUCCCCCCUCCCUCCCUCCCUCCCUCCCUCCCUCCCCGCCCUUCACUCCACACAGCAACGCAUGGAGGACCCGGUGAUAGCAGCGGACGGGUUCACAUACGAGCGGCGCCACAUGGAGGCGUGGCUGGCAUCGUCGCUCCUCUCGCCCUCCACCGGCCAGCCCCUCCCCCACCCGGGCCUCACCCCCAACCACCUCCUGCGCUCCAUCAUUCUGGGAUCCCAGGCUCCGCAUCCCGCUCUCCAGCGCGCCCUUACUGUAAUCUGCUCGUUUACUCCCCUCACCCCUCCCCUACAAGCCGGCACACCUGCUCUACACUCCAAGCAGCACCCGCCCGCGUGCGCCCUCUAUUCCCACCGCCGCGCAUCUUCUCGUGCCCCCUGCCACUGCCACGUCUCGCGUCGCACGUCCCCGUUUUCCGUCCACUUCCCUUUCCUGGUAGACGCCCCUUUCCGCGGAAUCCUUCCCCACUCUCGCGGUUCCCUUUUCCGCACCUUCUUUUCCUCCUUCUCGCUCCUCGCCUCUUUGCGCGCAUCUCAUUCGCGCGCGUUCCGCAUUCGGCGCGCCUGCGCCUUCGGGAGGGAUGAGUGCCCCGUCGUCGCUCGCCGUGCCACCUGCCACCCUGCCUGCCGGCGGCGGAAAGCAGCGGGGGGAACGGCGUCGGGAGGGCGCGCGGGGCAGCAAGGGGGACGCCUCUGCGGACUGGAGCGAGAUUGUGGAGGCGGGGGAGGGACGCGGCGCUGUCGGGGGGAAUUCGCGCAGCAGAGGCGCACGAUGUAUGCUCGGGGGAGGGGAGUGGUGCGGGGAAAGAGGGGCGGGGCGAGGGCGCCCACCUCGCCACGCUCCCCCACGCGGGCAGCUGUGUCUCCGCGUCACUCGACCCAAGCGCCCCUCUCCCCCCGCCCCGCCUCCCCUCGCCAUUUUUCCUACAACCUGCGCCUCCCUUGCGCGACUUCCAUCGCCCACCCGCUCCUCACCAUCCCGCGCGCCCUGCUGCUCGCGCUGCUCCUCGCUGGGGCCCUCGCUCUGUUCGCCCUCCUGCCGCCCUCCUCUGUCAGCAUUUCGCUCGCCAUGCCGCCUGUUUGUGCUUCCACCGUUGUGCUAUUCUACAUAGUGCUGCCGGAAUCACACCAUGCUGCUUGCUCCACCGCACCAUUUCGUCUUUCCUCUCACUUCCUCCCAUCGUUCCAUACACCCUCCGUCGUCCCAUCACCCUCCCCUCAGGCCCAUCAUAGCACCUCCUCCGAAGCAACCCCGCACUCUGCCGCUGCUGCAGGCACCACCCCCGGGUACUGCCCUCCCUCGCCCCCACCCCAUCGCUCAUAUUACAUCCCACCAUCCCCAUGCCAGAUUCUCUUUCCCCACCCCAUCCGUCCAUCCGUCCAUCCGUUCCACCAUCCCUGGUCCGUGCGUCCCCCUGCCACCCAUCUCUCUCUUCUCUCCAUUUCCCGCUUCCCCUCUGCCCAUGCGCCCUCUCCGGUGCUUCCGCACGUGUCCCUGCCUGCAACCCCCUGUAGUGCCUCACCCCAGCAGUCGCGGCUGUGGCAGCUGCUGCAGCGCCAGCAGCACCUGCACGCACAGCAGGAGUGGGGGCGACUGCACCAGUCGCUGCUGCUGCCGCUGCACCACCGCUUCUCCCGCUGGUCGCUCUUUGCCUCUCUCUUCCAUCACGUACGUGUGGGAGGGGAGCGACUUCUCUUUGUCAACGCCUCUCUGCCCCCCUCCGCGCUCCCCCCCUCCGCGCUGCCCUCCCCCUCACUGCCACGCUCCCCCUCCCCGUGGCUCAACGCGGGGGGGAGGCUGGAGGAGUGGGGCGGGGGCGAGGGGCAGUGGCGGCGGGUGGCAUGGAGGGGCGUGAGGGAGAGGGCAGCAGCGUGUGUGACGCUGAGAGACACAUUUGAUACCGCCAGGGAAGAGUAUCAGCAGGCGUUGCAGCUCCACCUGCAGUCCCUGCUCCCCCCGCUCUCCCCCCCUUCCCCCUCUUCUCCUCCCCGCCCGCCCGACCCUCCCCCGUCCGCUCUGCGCUCCUCCCUCUCAGCCCUGCGCCAGCGCCUGCUUACCGAGUGUGCUUAUAACGGGGACGAGCUAGACUUGCCUGCAGAAGAGAGAGGGACGCUUAGACUGAGGGAGGAGGAGAGGAGGACGGGUAGGGGGAAGGCGGGGGAGGGGGGGGGAGGGCAACGGGAGAGGCCGGGAGAGGGUUUGCUAGAGGCAGACGGGGGGUGGCGGUGCAGGGGGGGCGAGCAGGGGAGGGAGGCGCGGGCGUGUGUGGGCGUGAGGGCGGGCGUGCAUGUGUGGCAGCGGCGGCGGGAGCUGUUCCCACAGGCGGCAGUGGGCAUGUCGCUGCUGCUGCAGUUCUUCCAGCAACCCUCCAACGUGCACCCCCUCGUCUCCCGCCUGCACGCCUGCGCUGCCAGCCGUGGUGGUGCUGCUGCUGCUGGUUCUGCUGGGAGCGUGGGGGAGGAGCAAGGGCGUGGGAGUGGGGGUGGAGGUGGGGGUGAGGGAGCAGGAGAGGCGGCGUGGGCGGGGCUGGGGGGCGAGGUGAGUUGGGAUGAGCGAGGGAUGGGGAAGGGAGGAGGUGCAGGGGCGGGGGCGGCGGAGGAUGGGAGCAUGGCAAGGGGUGUGGGUGACAUGCCAGUGGGGGAGGGUGGCAGCGGGCAGGCGGGGUACGGGAUAGAGCUGACCGCCAAUGUGGAUGAACCCUCGUCCUGGCCGCUCUGGCUGCAGAUCUCCUUCCUGCGCGUCAUCUUCCGCCACAACACCCACGAGGUCUUCGCCUUCAACCGCGCUGCCUCCGCCUCCCGCGCGCCCCUGCUCGCCCUGCUCCAGGACGACCUCCUCCCGCCCGCCUCCUGCCGCUGGCUGCACGCCAUCCUGCACGCCCACGCCGCCCAGCCGUCCCUUGCAGCACUGGGGUACCGCACAGGCAAGGUGGAUGUGGACAGCCGCGGGGGCGAGGGCGUGAGGGCGUACCAGCGGCAGAGCCGCGCGCUGUGGGCGCAGCCGGCGUGGGAGGCGCGGGCGGGCGUGCGCGGGUACAUGGCGGGGGUGGUGGACUCGGGACCGCUGGUGGUGCGGCGCGCGGUGUGGGAGCGCAUGGGGGGGUUGGAUGAGGGCAUGUCGACGAGAGGGCAGAGCGCCAUGGUUGCUGACUGGGUGCUGGCGUUCCAUGUGUGGAUGGCCGGCCACAAGGCGGUGCACAUGGCAUGGGAGCGGGGGCAGGGCAUGGAAGCAGCGGGGCAGGGGGGCACGCACAAGGGGGUGCAGCGGGCGGUGAGGCAGAUGCAGAAGGUGGUGGGGAUGGCGCAGUUCCAGCGCCACACCGUGGACGUGUAUAACGGGCGGCAGCAGCAGGAGGUAUACCGCACCAACCUCAUGCUGCCACUGCUGGAUGUGUGGCAGUGA